CACUUUGUUGUACGUCGCUCUGGAUAAGAGCGUCUGCCAAAUGCCAUUAAUGUAAUGUAAUGUAAUGAAGUCCACAUAGGAGGGACCGUUUUGUCAAGACCACAAGCAGACUCGAUUGUUGUUUUUCCUGAAGAAAAAAAUAGAUAUAUAGUAGCCAUAAAACACUACGACUUAGAAGCUAUGGAGCAGAGAAUCAUCGGAGAAAGUGUUGGACUCACCUUUUGCUUGGCACGACCUGAGGAUUAUGGUGCUGUAAUGGACAUUUCCGAUAACAUAUAUGGUGGCAACGACUAUUUGCCGCACCAUUACCACUCCUGGAUGACAGAGCCAAACAGAGUGGUGAUACUUGCAAAGAGGGAGGAAAAGCUGGUGGCACUGGUGUCAGGGCUGGUGGUGGAUGAGGGGCACACAGUUGUUAUGGAAGGGUUACGAGUGUGUCCAAGUGAAAGGGGAAAGGGCGUGGCAAGGAUCCUUCAGAGAUGUGUUGAUCAGUACAUACGCGAACUGUACCCCAGUGUGAAGGUCAAGCGGCUGUCUAGAGAGAAUGACCACAGACCAGAGAAGUUGGCCAAAUUUACAGUUCUGGGCAGCCGGGCAAUUCUUUCAAUUUGUGGAAAAGCAGAUCAUUUUGAUGACUUCAUCUCAGCCUUGAAACUCAAAAUUGAUCCUGAGCCCAAGCUGAUGGUCUUGGAUGGGAAGGAGCAACUGAGGGGCCUGCUGCUGGAUUCUGAACUCAGCUCCCGUCUCCAGCUUCCAGGGGGUGCGAUCAUCAUAGACUGGCAGCCAUUACAGCAAAUUGAAAACAAUCUGGAGGUCUUUUGGAGGCGAAACCUCACAUGGCUGGCUGACAGUUUUGUGUCACCUACUUUCCUCAGUAUUGAAAUGUCACCAUAUCCCAUCCCAUACAAUGGAGGGUCCUUCCGCUUCAAUAUUGACAUGUUUGGAACCAGCCAAGCACUGGCACGUCUAGCAUUGGUGUCCCACCUAGAGCGAGUGAGGGGUAAGGUCCAGGGGGUGGGGUGGAUACAUGUGUCCAUUCACAAGUCAUUGUGGAAGGGGAUGAGAGAGUACUGUGAGGGAAUGACCGGUGAGCUAACUUUCACUGCCUACAGGGAGCAACUGUUUCUGGAGUACCAAUUUUGAGAAAGAGGCAGAGGCAUUAUUGUAACCAUAAUACUGUUUUGAAGAAUCAUGCUUAUCAUUGAGAACAUAUCUGGCUAAGAAACAAACGGCUGGUAUAAAUUGCAUUGAGUGGGUGAUUGACAGCUUUUUCAGCAUACAAUUUCAAGGGAGUUGCACAGAUGAAGCUUGUGAUGACGUAAACAACAGAAACUGGGAGCAAACUGAAGGCAUUUAGAAACGCAUAUAUUUACUGUAACAAAUAUAAUCAGGUAACUGCAAGGUCUAAAAUUAAAAGGAAGAAAACACAAUGGUCUUGAUUUCAUUCAUUUUCAAGUAUGAUUUCACAAUCAAAAAGAGUGGAUCUUGUAUGUAAUCAUACAAAUAUUAAUAAGUCUGGAGUAUACUGUAUGAAUCGUGAUGGGUCUGCUUCAUGUACUGUACUUGUUAACACAAUAAUCAGAAAAACACAUCUGCUGUGAUGUUUGUAUGGAAAAGAUUCAUUAAAGCCUAACUGGUUACAAUUAA